UGUUACGGCCGUCAAAAUUAUGGAAGAAGAGUUACAGGAAUUGAGGGAAGUAGUAGCUCAGUUGCGGGCAGAAAAUGAGAGGUUGCGUCAAGACCACUUUCUUGCGCUUCCUGGCCCUAGUGAUGCCCCUUCUAUUGAUCCUGGUCCUUCUGUUGCUGCCCCCCCUCAGCCAAGUAGUGCACAGGCAGUCCUGCCAGAACGAUUCGUUUUUGUACCUCGAGACAGGAAAUGUCAAAAAUUCAAUGGCAGGGUUGGUCUGAGCAUUGAUGAGUGGGUUGAAGAGGCCAAAGCUUGUAUGCAGGCUCGUCACCUGUCUGUUUCUGAUCAAGCUUUCUUCUUGUUUGACCACUUGGAGGGGGAGGCAAGGGAAGAGAUUAGGUACCGUUCGGAGAUUGAGCGAAAUGAUCCAGAUAAAAUUAUUUUGGUGUUACGGGAAUUAUAUGGUUGCUCACAGUCAUAUGUCUCAUUACAGGAGGCAUUUUUUUCUAGAAAGCAGCAGGAGGGUGAAUCAUUGUUGGAGUUUUCCCUAGCUUUGAUGGGUCUCCUAGAACGUGUGACGCAGCGAUCACCGUAUGUUAUGCCAAAUUCACAAGUUUUGCUACGCGAUCAGUUCAUUGAACAUGUUUGUGACGUGGCCCUUCGCCGAGAAUUAAAACAGUUAAUACGUCGUCAGCCAAUGUUAACAUUGUUGGAAGUUCGAAGCGAAGCUCUUAGAUGGGAAAGGGAGGGAAUGUUGGGGAGUACGAGAGGACGAAGCAAUUCCGUUCCAUCCGCCUAUGGGAUUCAGUAUGGUGUACAAGGUGAGUCACGGGUGGGUAGAUUUCCUCAGUCACGUAGUCAGCCUCCUCACCGCGGCCCCAUUAUAUGUAGGAGGUGCCAACGACUUGGCCACUUUGCUAGAGAGUGCGAUGGGGAGCGUGUUCCCCCUCGUCCGCAACCCCCUUUGCCCACUGCGUCGUCAUCUGAGGGUAGACAGCCUGGUCCAUCUGCGUUGUCGGGAAACUAG